UCUUAUAUAUAUCCACCCCUCCAACAACCUGUGAUAUCCCAUAUCCAAAUCUCCAUAACCAUACCGCACACACACACACAAAAUCUAGCGAAAGAGGACAACAUGUCGGGAGUGUGGGUGUUCAAAAACGGCGUGGUUAGGCUAGUGGAGAAUCCGGCGGCGGAGACAACCGUAGAGGGGAGCCGCCAAAUGAAACGGAAGGUUCUGGUGCACACACCGAGCAACGAAGUCAUAACCUCGUACGCUGCUCUCGAGCGCAGGUUGUUCGGUUUGGGCUGGGAACGUUACUACGACGAUCCCGAUCUUCUCCAGUUCCACAAACGGUCCACCAUCCAUCUCAUCUCUCUUCCCAAAGAUUUCGGCAGGUUCAAGUCCAUGCACAUGUACGAUAUCGUCGUCAAGAACCGAAACAUGUUUGAAGUCAGAGACAUGUGAAAAAAAAAAGAAGGAACCCUAAUUAAUUUGUGUGGAUCAUCUGUUUAUUUUACGCUUUUUACAGUUUCAUUUUACUGUUUGGUUUGAAGAGAUAUCGGUGUCACAUAUAUAAAACUAACCUAUAUAUAUAUAUAGGGGUUUCCUUGUCUAUGAUACGUAUUUUACA